AUGGGAAAAAGCGACGCUGAAGAGGCGACAAAGGCACCGAAAACAUCAACCGCAGCCCAGGAUCAACCUCCGGCCACUAGCUCAACAGCAGCUGCCUCGCCUUACCCUGAUUGGUCCAAUUUUCAGGCAUAUUCGCCAAUUCCGCCACAUGGGUUCUUUCCUUCACCCGUGGCAUCGGGUUCCCCGGCUCAUCCUUACAUGUGGGGACCUCAGCCUAUGAUGCCUCCAUAUGGAGCACCACCGCCUCCAUUUGUCAUGUAUCCUCAUGGAGUAUAUGCUCAUCCAUCUAUUCCGCCGGGUUCUCACCCAUUUAGUCCUUAUGUUAUGCCUUCUCCAAAUAACAAUGCUGAGGCCUCUGGUGCAGCACCAGGUGGCAUGGAAGUGGAUGGAAAAACCCCAGAAGGCAAGGAAAAAAGCCCCCUCAAAGGCUCAAAAGGAAGUUUAGGCAGUUUGAAUAUGAUCACAGGCAGGAUCAACAAUGAUCCUGGUAAAACAUCGGGGCCCUCGGCUAAUGGAGGCUUCUCUCAGAGCGGCGAAAGUGGAAGUGAAGGUUCGAGCGAUGGAAGUGAUGUGAAUUCACAAAACGUAAGAUCCAUUAUACUUGAUUGUUUUGCUCGUAGAUUUGUGUUUUCUAAAAUUACAGAACUUGUUAGCGAGAAGUAUUCAAUUUCUUGCAAUAUUUCAUGUCUGUACGCAUCCAGAAAUUAA